AUGCCCAUUCCUCCUCCCCCACCCCCUCCUCCUGGACCUCCACCUCCCCCUACCUUCAGCCAGGCAAACACUACCCAACCCAAGCUCUCUCGUGAUGAAGCUAAAGGAAGGGGAGCUCUGUUGUCAGAUAUAUGCAAAGGGACCAAGUUGAAAAAAACCACGGGGGUCAAUGACAGGAGUGCACCCAUUCUUGAGAAAUCUGGAGGAGGCGGAGGUGGAGGGGGCAGCGGCAGUGGCGGAAGUGGAGGGGGGUUUGGUGGCAGUUCUGGACCUAUGCCAAUGGGAGGCCUGUUUAGUGGAGGAGUGCCUAAACUACGACCAGUAGGAGACAGCACUGCUGGCAGAUCAGCACUACGGCCGCCUGGUUCUCGUCCUGCAGUACCGCGCGUUGGCGACCGUGCUCCCUCACCUGUGGGACGUCAAGCAGAUGAGGAUCGUUCCUCGCCCCCUCAGCAGACUCGUAACCCCCGCCCCUCAUUGCCUGACAUCUCCAAAUCAGCCAAUGCUGCGAAACCCAGCAGCUCUGCUCCACCUCCCCCUCCGCCUUUUAAUCGCAAACCCAAUAAUGCCCCUCCCACCUCUCAUCAGAAGGUCACUGGCCCUUCCCAUAAUCGUGAGAAGCCCCUCCCACCCCCGCAUGCAAACAAGGCUCCUCCCCCUCCGUCGCCUGCACGUGACAGUGCGCCAAGAAACGCUCUUUCAUCUCGACCUCUAUCUGGAUCUUCCUCUGCGCCACCGCCACCCCCACCUCCUUAUCGACAGCCCCCUUCUGUAGCUAAUGGUGACCCACCCCCUGAGCUGCCACAGAGGCGUAAUUCGCUGAGGAGGAACCAUGGCAAUGUUCGCAGCCAAGCCCCGCCUCCUCCUCCACCGCUUCCAUCACAGCAGAGCAGUCGCCCCCCACCGCCAGCACGAGACCCUCCAGGACGCAGAUCAGCCCCUCAGGCUCCCUCCUCUGGAUCGCGGAAUGGCACGCGAGACGUGCCUCCACCUCCUCCUCCCCCGUACCGCAUGCAUAGUGGAACAACGCAAACCUCUUCUGAACCACCCAGCCGAGGAAGGGCUCCUCCACUUGUAUCUACCGGUCGCCAGCCUUCAGGACACGCAGCUCCGCCCCCACCUCUCCGCAACGGACACACCUCUGUCUCCAAGGCUUUUACAGAUGAUUUUGAGUCCAAGUACUCUUUCCAUCCUGUUGAGGACCUGCCCCCACCAGAAGAGUACAAACAGUUCACUAAAGUCUAUCCCAGUAAAUCGAAUAGAGGUUUGAUGAGAGGCGCUCCUCCACUGCCACCUGUUGGAAGGUGAACUGCACUCAGGAAGGAAAAUGACUACAAAAAAACUCUAAUCCAACUACACACAUGCACACUAAUACAGCUGUACACUCUCAAAACAGAUGUGUUUAAAACAACACAUUGUGUGUUUAAACGAAUUUGUGUGCACACCUUAAGGACAACACAGUUUGUGUUACUUUCAACACAGUGUUUUCCUAUUUAACACAAGCAUUGCAUUCAGAUUUUGAACACUAAGUUGUCUGUUCCAGACAUGCUGUGCAAUAUAGUCAUGACACAAAAUUGUGUUAAUUAACUCAUCAUUUUUGAGAGUAUACUAUGAAAAAAGCUGACCUCACCACUAAAAUAAACAUAUCUUCAUGUCUUCAAUAAUAUAUCAGGUGAAGAGAAUUGCUGGGCCUUACAAAUCACCUUUUGUUAAUAUAAUAAAGAACUGUACAGAGAGGGUGCCCAAACUUUUGCACACACCAUAUGCAUAUUUUGAUAAUUUUGAAUUUUGUAAAAAUGCUAAUAAACAGUAACUAUGCAUUCAACUAUGCAAAUUAAGAAUGCACACAAAAUGAGUCAUGUGACCAUGCUAUGGAUGGGUUUUGCAGACCCAAACUAAGCCCAAGACUAUACUACACAGGGUUAUUCUUAUUUCUGAAUCAACAAUGGUGAACUUCGAUUGGUCAGUCAACCUAUUCCAAGGCUGGGUUUAAUUCAUGUAUGCAAAACUGACCCUUUUUCUCUAAAAACCUUGUUGUGCCUAUAGAGGACCUUGUGCAAAUACAGAUGACCCAAGAGAGUUUUUUUUUAUGUAAUGUGCAUUUCAUUUUCUAACGUGCACAUUAUUUGCCAGAGAAAGGGAUCUACUAAAUAGACCGUUUUGUUUAGCACUUGUCUUUACACUAUUAAGAGUGUAAAGAGAGAUUACUUAAUGACUUAAGUAGACAAUCACUGCAUAAUGAGGAAAGACUGUUAUUGUCUUACAAUCACAGUCAUUUUUGUUACUCCAUCACACACUGUUCUCCACUACGACAGGCAGUUUGUCAAUGUAUUAGGUGACAUUGAACUUGGAAACGAUUGUUUUGCCAAUAUUAUGGAGUUGUAAACUUCUUUAUUUGUCACAUAGGCCCUGUGGCCUUUGUCUAGAACCAUUCAUUCCAUUUGGAUCACUAAACAUUGUGUUGCUGAGUGGGAACAUAGAGCAACCAUCCAGUUGCUUUUGCUGUGAGCUACAGAAGGAGUGCAAAAUGCAUUAUUUUUAUGUGUGAAUAAGGGAAAUUUCUUACCACGAUUUAUAUGUAUUAAACGUACCAGAUUCUUAACCACUCCUUUAGUACUAACAAAAAACUCUAAGUGCCACUAAGACCACAGUAUCUAUAUUAGGCCCUGCUAUGUCUUUGAAGGGUCUACUCAUGAAUAUGUGGUGCUGCAAAAUGUGGUGGUUAAAAUACAGCACCUUAGUCCUGUAAUGAAUUAUUACCUUACGAAUUCCUCUGGAAAUCACAAAUUUGACUGGUACCAAUGCUUUUUUUCUGUUUGAUAAAACGCUAGCUUGCUAAUGGAGAAAUUUAAAUGUCAUAAUCUAUAUUACACUAUAUUAAGUGUAGUUAAAGAUUUUUUAUUGUAAAGUUUUGUAAUACAGAGGAUUAAACGUUGAAAAUAUAACAGUUUAUAUUGAGGAGACCAAGCACAUUUCUUACCAGGUCCCUUUCCAUGACACGUUUAUCUUUAUGUAGCCUCUAAGUGGCCAGGGGAGGGCUGUGUGUUUUUCCUCUUCAUUCUUCUUGGCCUGUUGUAAUUUGAUGUAACCAUUUGGUCAUCAGUAUUUCUGAGCUGCCAAAUGUGCACAUUGAAACUGUAUGCUGACAUUUGUACGAUGGUCGUAUUAAAUUGAAAAUAAACGGUUAUGGGAA